AUACGUUGCACACUUACAACGAGUACACCAACCAAAAUUUUCCGUGUAUAACUACAACUCCUUCUCACUUUUACUUCCUUCUCUACUCUGAAACUUUGUUAACUGGAAGGUUAGUCACCGGAGUUCGCUCUACACGCCGUCGUUUUUUCUUUAAUCGCCAUGGCUUUGCAGUCGUUUAUCGAAGUCAAACCAGACUCUCAUUUCUCUAUCCAUAACCUUCCAUAUGGAGUCUUCAAGCCUCAACCGGAUUCAUCGGCCCGACCUGGCGUGGCUAUCGGAGACUAUGUGUUGGACCUCUCCGAGAUUGCCAAAGCCGGUCUCUUCAACGGCCCGAUCCUCAAGGACUCUGAUUGUUUUCUUCAGCCUAAUCUCAACAAGCUUUUGGCUUUGGGAAGACCUGCGUGGAAAGAGGCACGAGCUACACUUCAAAAGCUAUUGUCGUCCACUGAAGCAACCUUGCGUGACAAUGCCAAUUUAAGGCAGAAAGCACUUGUUCCGUUGGGCAAAGUAGAAAUGAUUCUUCCAAUUGCAAUUGGGGAUUACACAGACUUCUUUUCGUCUAUGCAUCAUGCGAAGAACUGUGGGACCAUAUUUCGUGGACCACAGAACCCAAUUACUCCAAACUGGUUUCAUCUUCCUAUUGCAUAUCAUGGACGAGCAUCUUCCAUUGUUAUCUCUGGAACAGACAUUAUCCGACCAAGUGGUCAAGGUCAUCCAUCUGGCAACUCUCCACCUCCUUUUGGGCCUUCACAGAAGCUAGACUUUGAGCUAGAGAUGGCAGCUGUUGUUGGUCCUGGAAAUGAAUUGGGAAAGCCUAUUGAUGUUAAUCAAGCAGCAGAUCAUAUCUUUGGACUUGUGUUGAUGAAUGAUUGGAGUGCUAGAGAUAUUCAGGCAUGGGAAUAUGUGCCUCUUGGACCUUUUCUAGGGAAGAGUUUUGGUACAACCAUAUCUCCUUGGAUUGUGACUCUUGAUGCUCUUGAACCAUUUGCUUGUGAUGCUCCCAAACAGGAUCCCCAUCCAUUGCCAUAUCUUGCUGAAAAGAUAUCCAAGAACUAUGACAUUUCCUUGGAGGUUCAAAUCAAACCUGCUGGACAACAAGAUUCAUGUGUGAUCACAAAGAGCAAUUUCAAGCACUUAUACUGGACAUUGACUCAGCAGCUUGCACACCAUACAAUCAAUGGCUGCAAUUUAAGACCAGGCGAUAUACUUGGAACUGGCACCAUUAGUGGCCCUGAGCCAGAAUCUCUUGGAUGCUUGCUAGAGUUAACAUGGAAUGGACAAAAGCCACUUUCACUAAAUGGUACAACUCGUAAAUUCCUUGAAGAUGGAGAUGAGGUCACAUUUACUGGUUUUUGCAAGGGAAAUGGUUACAAUGUUGGGUUUGGAACCUGCUCUGGGAAAAUCCUUCCGUCAGUCCUGUGAUAUUGCCGGCACGAUGUUGUUGGAAGCUGCACCUAUUCAUCAUCGUCUACAUUCGAUAUUGAGUAGUCUGGUAGGUAUUUGUAAUAAAUAAAGUGUGAUUCCAGCAAGAGUGAAAUCUGGAGAUUGAAAAUGGUUGAAGUGUAGCAUUUUAAACAUAAUGAUGGAAUAUGAGGAUAAAUUUGAACUGUA